AUUAAAUCGUUUAAUUCCUUCAAAACCCCUAUGAGACAGUGCCAACAAGGUGGCCACCAGCACACAUGAGCAGAGAAGGAAGGCUUUCUACGAGAGGCGCCUGAGGCCCGUUGUGAGGACAAGCGGGACCCCUUGCCCCCGCUGAGGCUCCACCCGUGCCCUCUCCAGGAGCACAGGAGGCUGCCGUGGCCCCAGCCAAGGAGAACAGAGUGGCCAUGGGGGCCAAGGAGACAGGGGUCCCCACUGGGCCCAGGCAGAAGUCCUGGAUGGGGCAGCAUUUCUCCCUGCUGCUGCGGCGGCACCGGCAGGCCCAGAAAGCUGGGCAACUCUUCUCGGCGUUCCUGGCCCUCAACCUGGUGCUCCUGGGUGGCGCCUUCAUCUGCAGCAUGAUUUUCAACAACGUGGCCAUCACCCUGGGUGACGUGUGGAUCCUGCUGGCCGUGCUGAAGGCCCUCUCCCUCUUCUGGCUCCUCUACUACGAGGCUGGCACCACCCAGCAGCCGCACGCCGUGCUCUACCGGGACCCGCACGCUGGGCCCCUCUGGGUGCGGGGCGCCCUGGUGCUGUUUGGCAGCUGCACCAUCUGCCUCAAUGCCUUCCGCGUGGGCUACGAUGUGAGCCACAGCCAAUGCAAGUUGCAGCUCGAGCUCAUCUUCCCCGUCAUCGAGAUCAUCUUCAUUGGCAUCCAGACCUGGGUGCUCUCGAAACACUGCAAGGACUGUGUGCAGGUCCAGACCAACUUCACUAGGUGUGGCCUGAUGCUGACCCUUGCCACAAACCUGCUGCUCUGGGGUCUGGCCGUCACCAAUGACUCCAUGCAUCGCAAGAUCGAGGCUGAGCUCAGCGCCCUGAUGGAAAAUUUCUCAGGCAACGAGACCACCACCUGCCUGUGCCUCAACAGCACGGCGUGCAAGGUCUUCCGGAAGGGCUUCCUGAUGCUCUACCCCUUCAGCACCGAGUACUGCCUCAUCUGCUGUGCUGUGCUCUUUGUCAUGUGGAAGAAUGUCGGCCGCCGCCUGGCGCCCCAUACGGGGUCCCACCCCAGCACCCCACCCUUCCACCUCCACGGGGUCAUCUUCGGGCCGCUGCUGGGCCUGCUGGCCCUGGUGGCCGGCGUGUGCGUCUUCGUGCUCUUCCAGAUUGCGACCGGUGGCCCAACCAUCGGGCACCAAUACUUCACCCUCUACUAUGCUUUCUAUGUGGCCAUACUCCCCACCAUGAGCCUGGCGUGCCUGGCGGGCAUGGCCAUCCACGGGCUGGAGGAGCGCGAGCUGGACACGCUCAAGAACCCCACCCGCAGCCUGGACGUGGUGCUCCUGAUGGGCACGGCCCUGGGCCCAGUGGGCAUUGCCUACUUCUCCAUCGUGGCCAUCGUGGCCACUAGCCCGCAUGAGCUGCUCAACCGCCUCAUCCUGGCCUACUCGCUGCUGCUUAUCCUGCAGCACGUCACCCAGAACCUCUUCAUCAUCGAGGGCCUGCACCGGCGUCCGCUCUGGGAGGCGGCUCCCCAGAACCCGGCGGGCAAGCAGGAGGCUGAGCUGCCCCGCAGGGGUUCCCUGCUGGAGCUGGGCCUGGGCCUACGACGGGCCUCGCUGGCCUACAUCCACUCCUACAGCCACCUCAACUGGAAGCGGCGGGUGCUCAAGGAGAUCUCGCUGUUCCUCAUCCUCUGCAAUAUCACGCUAUGGAUAAUGCCAGCGUUUGGCACGCACCCGGAGUUUGAGAAUGGGCUGGAAAAGGACUUCUACAGCUACCGGACGUGGUUCACCAUCGUCAACUUCGGCCUGCCCCUGGGAGUCUUCUACCGCAUGCACUCGGUCGGGGGGCUGGUGGAGGUCUACCUGGGGGCCUGAGGCUGCCCGAGGAACCCAGCCCUGCCAAGCCCUGAGCACCAAGGUGGGGGAGAAGGUAGCCUGGUCUCUGAGCAGACACCCCCCCCUUCCAGGGCGAGCAGCCUGGGAUCCCCCAAACCUCCCCUUCUGCCCAGCCUCGUGGAGCGGGCAGCACACAGGCUGUGGCCUGGACGCUGAGCCUCUGAGGCCCAGGGCUCACCACCCCGGCGAGUACAACUAUGGGGGGGGAUUUUCUGGGAGGGUCAGACCUAAAUGACUGGGUCUGGGGAGUUUGGAGAGGGGCGCCCCUUCCCCAGAACUCCGGGAAGCUCGGCUCAGGCGGGCGGCCCUGCCCC